CAGGUCUGCUAGCAUGGCAAAUACGAGUCAGACGCCCUACCCACUCGGGCACUGUGGCAUAUGUUAUAUCAAUUUUCUAUUAAAAGGCUUGUAUGCUUGAAUUUUGUAUUUCUACUCUAAAAAGCUGCUACUGCUGUACACCACGGUGGUGAAUCAGUGCUCACCUAUUGAUGAUGUGCUUCAUUUUGGUUGUCCAAACUAUUGUACAAAAAAUACCCAGUCAAUUAUAGACAUUUGAACAUGUACCAUGGACUACUAGUAUGUCAAAUGUCCCUUCUAUUAUAGGUAGAUUAUAAUAGAUCACAAACACAAAGACUAAUCAAGAAUUAAAAUCCUGAUAAGAAAUUAUGUAAUAUUUACCUAUGGACAGACUAGAUAGGCAAGCUAGAUCUUGAGUUCACACAAACCAUACCAUACUUCUUAAAAAGAGUAGCAAUUAAAGAAAACUCUUACUGUCAAUUAAAGCAUACAAUCAGGUAUAUUGCCAGAUAUGCACGGAAGAAAGUACAUGUGUAAAAAAUCAAAUAUGUAUUCAGAACCCAUAGACAUAUACACCAAUAGCAUUAAAUUGAAAGGAACGUGAGUGAGAUGGGCUCAUGGGAAGGACAAGCAAAAACUGGAAUUUAACAUUCACCAUAAUUAUUGACCAAACUUUGAAGGAAAUUUGAUAAUAAAUGAAAACAAAUUCAAUACGUUGGUUCUAGUGCUAUAUUAUAAAACUUGGAAUACAAACCAUCUGUUGUUUAAGUUCAUGUCCUUAAAAACAGGAAAUUAUUUUAAUUUGUAAAUCUAUUAUGACGGAACAUUUUAAUUGGAUAAAUCUCAUCUUACAUUAGAAUUAUGUCUUAUAAGGCCAUUUAUAAUGUUUCAGGGGUACACAAUUUUGAAAAAGUGAAGAGUUUAUUUUGACUCUAUCUAUUCAGACAUAGCAUCCUGUUUGAAAACUGGGAUUGGACACAAUUGCUUUGCGGAUGCCCAUUCAAGGUCUCAAGGGUUUCCUCAAUGUUGAUUACAUGUCCAGCCUAUAAACUGUUUAGCAGAGGCGUCUAAAUUAUGACAAUAACAGUUUGCCUCUAUUACUAAGACUUCCUUUUCUUGAUAGCCAUUGUCUUUUACACUACAUUUGUUCAACUAUUCACGUGUCAAAUAUUCAUGAGACAAUUUAAAUGAGAAUUGGACAAUUAUAUUGUAAGACAAAGAGCGCAUGCUUGAAAAAAAUGAAUUGAGUUCAUCGUUCCAUUUCGAUUUUAUCUUAUAAUAGCAAUAAUUAAUUAACAAAAAAUAAGAGAUUGAUUUCAUAUCAAUUAUUUGUGCCAGUAAUUACAUCAAACAGAUAAUGGUAAUGGUGGCUGGAUAAUCGCUCAAACCUCUGCAAUACUCUGCCAGUCUCAUCAAGCUUUGGUCACAGGAGGAACUACUUUUGACCACUGCUAAACCGCCGUAAGGUGGUUUUCCUGACCAUUUCGAAUUUGUCUCCGCUGAUUUUAAUUAGUCUAUAACACUCAAGUUUUAGUGCGUUAUCAUUCAUACAGAAUCUAUAGACAAAAUUAUGGCUGAAAAGAAGAAAGAAGAAAGUGGUUUUUAUAUUCCACCCCCUCAAAUCGAUGCCUGGGUUUCUUUUAAAUUAUUUCUUUACAAUCCUGAGACAAACCAGAUAUUUGGAAGGACUGGACCAAGUUGGGCCAAAAUUGGAACAUAUUAUUUAACAUUUUAUCUUGUUCUUGCGUCUCUUUUUGGUAUUAUGUUAUGGAUAUUUUACCACACUCUAGAUCCAAGAGUGCCAAGAUGGCAAUUAACUGAAUCUUUAAUUGGCCAAGAUCCAGGUCUUGGAUUCCGUCCAAUGCCAAAUGAUAGUGACACAAAAAGUACUUUAAUUUGGUAUCAAGGAAAAAGCCGACAGUCCUAUGAACUCUGGACAAAAAGCUUAGAAGAAUAUCUUGAAGUUUAUAGAAAACCAGGGUUGACACCUGGAAGAGGUCAGAAUAUAUACAAUUGCGAUUACGAUCGACCUCCUGGGAAAGGACAAGUUUGCGAUGUUGAUGUCAAGAAUUGGUUCCCCUGCACAGCAGAAAACAGUUUCAAUUACCAUCAGUCAAGUCCUUGUGUCUUCAUUAAACUAAACAAGAUUUAUGGCUGGCAGCCUGAUUAUUAUAAUGAAACUGAGGAUUUCCCUGAUAAUAUGCCUGAAGAAUUAAAAAAUCAUAUUGUUCAUCUAAAGUAUAAUAAUCCUGAAUUGGUUAAGACUGUAUGGGUAAGUUGUGAAGGUGAAUCCCCGAUUGAUAGAGAAAAUAUGGGAGAAGUGAAUUAUAUUCCUAGGCAAGGGUUUCCUGGAUACUUUUAUCCGUACAUGAAUACAGAAGGGUAUCUCAGCCCAUUGAUGGCAGUUCAUUUUAAAAGGCCCAAAACUGGAGUUAUAAUAAACAUUGAGUGUAGAGCAUGGGCCAAAAAUCUGAUUCAUGACAGAAAAGAGAGAAUAGGAAUUGUACAUUUUGAACUUCUGAUAGAUUAGAAAUUGUACAUAAUAAUAAUAGUUCCAAAACAUCAUUCUUAUUCAAAUUCAAUUUGUACUAUAAUGUCUUAAUGCUGCCAUAUUGGUUUUUGUACUAAACAAACAAACAAAAGAUCUAGCAAAAGUACUUUUAUGGUUCUGAUAUUCAGAACACAAUCAUAAAAAUGGAACCAUGUAAAAAUAAAAAUUAAAAAAAAAACUGUUAGACUUAAUACAGUUAAA